AGUAACAUGGCGGUCUGAUGUAAGCAGAAUGUGAGUUUCAGAAACCGGAAUCAGGUUCAAACAAGGCGGCGGGGACUGUCAAUAUUGUACCGUACGGGAAAGAAUAACGACUACACACAGAUGCCCGUUAUUUGUCCACGGCUCCGGUGAUAUUACACGGAUUACUGCCCGGUAGCAGAUUUGGGACUCGAUCCCGUGUGACCGGAUUCUAGUUUCCCCGGACUCGGUACGAGGUUUUUCAGCCUUCGCCACCGGACCGGGAAGCCUCAGAUACAAGAAGGUAGGAGCUCAUCCAGAGUGAUAAACUUGCUCCAUACAUGAGGAGGCUCCUGACAACACCACCACAGCACAACAAACCCAGGGCCUAUGGAUCCUGUUGACUCUGGACAAGGGCCAGACAUAUCACCCAGCUCCAAAGGACGACAACGCAAGAAAAAUCCAAAAUAUUUGGAUUAUGAAACUGAAGAGGUGACCAAUGUGCAACGCCCCCCGCGAAAAAGACAGAGCUCAGGAAGAGGAAAAGGAGCCGCUUCUGAGAAGUCUCCGGUAAAGAAUGGAACUAAUGAGGAUACCACACAACAGACUGAAGAUGGGGGUCAAGACGAAACUGACAAAACACUUUCAGAGUCGGACGAAACUCCUAAAAAGGCAGUGAGAGCGAAGAAGACUCCGGUCAAAAAGACUCCGGUCAAAAAGACUCCGGCCAAAAAGACUCCGGCUAAAAAGACUCCAGCUAAAAAGACUCCAGCUAAAAAGACUCCAGCUAAGAAAACGCCCGCCAAACAAACUCCCACCACUGAUGAGAGUCUCCCAACUGAUGAGGGUGGGAUUGUAGAAGCUGUGCAGGAGGAAAAUGGGACCCCAAAGCCUAAGAAAAAGAAUGUGAAGAAGCAGCAGCCUGUAAAGGAAGUGGUGAUAGAGGAACCGCCGAAUGAAGCCGAGGAGGAGAGGACGCCGAGCGGACGCCGCAGGAGAGGAGCGGCUAAAGUGGCGUUGAAGUACCUCCACGACUUGGCUAAAGAAGAGCUCGGUCACCCCAACGAUGAUUUGGGCUCCCAGCCGGAGAACAAGGUCCCUCGCACAGAGCGGAAAGGUCUCAAAGGAAACAAAGGGGGUAAAGGCAGAAAGCGGAAACGUGCAGACUCCGACUCUGCAGGAGACGAGGACUUUGUUCCAGAUGUUGGUGAAGAGGAGGAUGCUGAGGAUAUGGAAGAUGAAGACGAAGAGGAAUCGUGCUCGGACUCGGAGGCAUUUGGAAGAACUCCAGGAACCUAUAAUGUGAACCGAGGCCCUGGUGGCCCAUAUCUCAAAACCCCCAACGGACUCCACAGCGGCAUCAUGAAAACAGUUUGGGAGGCAACUGAGACCACCAAGAAAUUCCGGGAGGAGCACUACAGCAGCUGGGAGUUCCCCAAGUGGAUCCCCUCCUCCAGCGACUGGCACCUCGUUCCUCAGAGUGACGUGGAGAAGUACCUUCCUCAGGAGCUUCAGUCUGCGGCCUUCAGAGUGUCCAGAGACGGCCUCAGUGAGGAGGGGGAGACGCCUCUGCAGAGACUCAGCAGGUUCUCUGCGGUGCCGGCUCACUCGGAGCGCUGGGACAUGUUUCUGUUUGCGGGGGGGCCGGUCUGGGCCAUGGAGUGGUGUCCGACCCCUGAUGGAGCUCCGGCCUCGCAGUACCUCGCUGUUUCCUGCCACCGAGGGAUGGACGACCAGCACGUUUUCAACAAGACGUACGGAGGCCCCGCCCUGCUCCAGCUGUGGGACCUCGGCCUGCUGAAGUACAACUGCAGACCUGAGUCUCCUCCAGCUCUGUCCUACGGCCUGGCUCAGGACAAAGGCUUCAUCUGGCAGCUGAGCUGGUGUCCUGCAGGAGGCUGGGAGCCCCCCCUCUGCGGCAGGAAGGCUCCUCUCCUGCCCAGACUGGGUCUCCUGGCUGUUGCUACCUCCACCGGUGUGGUCACCAUUUACAGCCUGCCCCACCCUGAGGCUCUGCUCUCCAACAACAAGCAGGACAACUCUGGGAAAGACAGUGAGCAGCUGCCGGUAUAUAAGGCAGAAGGAGUUUUAACGCUGAAGCUUGGCUCCUUCAAAGCGCCUCGCCAUGAACGGAGCGGACAAGUCCUGUGUAUGGAUUGGCUGCCCCAAAAACCACACAAUAUAAUUGCUAUUGGAUUUUACGAUGGGACGGUGGGUCUGUGGGAUCUGAACACAAAGUCGGCGCUGUUGCGAGUUCGACAGCCGGAUAAGUCGCUCAGCUUGUUGCCGUAUCGAUGCUUCCUGGCUCACGACCACGCCGUCCGGUCGCUGGCCUUCUGCCCCGCCUCCAGACACCUUUUAGUGUCGGCAGGAGAGGACCGCUAUCUGAAGACGUGGGAUCUGAGGAGGCUCUACAACCCCAUCACUGUUCAGAAACGCCACCUCACCACGGAGGUCUGCUGGCCUUUGAACGCACCGGGACUCCUGUUGUCUCAGGAGAACGCGUACGCAGGUUACUUUUCGCAGGGGGUGCAUUUCUUCGACCAUCAGAUGCGCUCUGUCUUUGCUAUUCCCCGGACCGGCACUCUGUGGUCCUUAUCCUACACGGAGUGGAUGAACAUCGUGAUGACAGCAGACAGUGUGGGAGAGGUGAUCCUCUUCCUGUUACCUCCUCUCAGCAUCACGACGACAUACGUCAAGCGCACUUUAGAGAGACGCUUUCCGCUUUACAUCACAUCUCUGGAGCCUCAUGAUACGACGACAGAAGAAAAUCCACAGCUGGAAGAAGUGGAGGAAGAUGGAGAUGCUGUUGAAGCGUCUGAAGGAGGGAAUGAGAACAAUAAUGUAAACGGAGGAAGUGUUGAAAAUGAUGAAAGUCUUUCUCCUCGCGUCCAGACGUACAAAGAUGCUGAGAAGAGAUUCUCCCUCCACCUUAAAGACAUCAACACGGAAACCUUUGCAGGAAGUGAUAAGGGAGAUUUGUGGAAACACAUGAAAAACACGGAGUUGAAGAUGAAGCUGACCUUGGAUGAGAUGCCAUUGGCUUCAGUACACAAGGUGCGUUUCAACCCCAACUUGUGCUGCCACACCUGGCUGGUGUCGGGGGGGCAGGCGGGGCUGGUGAGAAUAAUCUGUCUGCGGUCGAUGAUCUGCUCCCAGUCCAAGAAGAUCAUAAGUGAGAAACAGACUCAGUUUAACAAACUACAGAAGGAGGCGGACGUCCACUCCGAGAAAGAGGAUCUAUAGCAGGAUCAGAAGGUGGAGCACAAACACACACAGGCCUGCAAAAAGUAGUCUUUUUAAAUAGUAAUAGUUUAUCAGAACAUACUGUUUAGACUUUCUUUUUUUCUACUGGGUUUACAUUCAAGAGUCUAAAGGCAAGAGAGGGGAUCAAAUGAAUGAUUGAUUUUGCAGGUUUUGGGUCAUUUUUCAACAAGAGCAGCUCAAUACACUCUGUUUUUAAAAUGUCUCCAUGUUAUUGGAGAACACAUGUAAGAGUUUCAUCCUGAUACCUCACCACCUCCACACUAAAACGUGUUAGCACUGAACUACACAGCUCUUUACUUCCCAACAAAUGUCUCAUAGGCAUAAUUUUUCGACAGCAGAUUAUAAUCAACGUGACACUUUAUUCUCUUCAAAGAAGUUUGAGCAGCGGGGAGUAUAAGCACUUUGCUUAUUACGCAUGAAAUGAACAUUUUCCACAUUAAAAUCAUUGAUUCCAUGGUAGGUUUUUGAAGUUGCUCCAGUUUCUUUUAUCUGACAUACAAAUUGCAAAUAUGCCUUCGAAAGUAAUAAUAUCAGCUUCAUAAAGUCAACUACUCUCAGGAAAAGUAGUACAUAUCUGCAGCUUUUCUAAAAUAAUAAUAACAACUCAAAUGUCUUGUUUUUGUUGUCCUCCACGACAGUGAUAAAGUAUGUGGUUUCAGGAUCAACUGACUUUCUGUUUGUUCUUAAAAUGCUCAAAAUACCAACAAAAUGCGACUUAUUGUUUGCACUUCAGUCGGUAUAAUACAAAGCAGACAUUCAUCAUUAGUAUUCUGUAUUUAGUGCAGAAAUGAAAUCAAAAGUGUGUGUAUUCACAAAUUGAAUGAAAGGCUGAGGUGCAAACUGUGAGCAACUGGAACUUAAAAACCUUCAGGCUUCUUCUCUUUGUUUCUUAAAUUAUUUUAUUUUAGCAGAGAUUUCAGACAUUCCACUGCAGUUUUUGUUAAUUUGUGUUAUUAACGAGAACUGCAGCAACAAGGACUGCGAUAUUGUUCUUUAAUUUGUUGUCACGUUGUUAUCCAAAGCCAACGAUCAACACAUGUUUUGGUUCCAGAGUUUCUUCACAACAUGCUACUUGUUUUUUUCCUCACAGUUAACGAGACACUUUCUGAUUUUGUCCCCAAACUCUCCUCCAACUUCCCUGUUGAAGAAUUGUAAGUUUAAAGGAAUCGUUCACAUAAAAGUGAAAUGUAGUAAUCACCUCCUUAGGCUCUUAAUGGACCCAGAUGUCUUUUAUUGUUUAGGAGACUCCCAGAUAAUGAAAACAUCAACAAACAAGGAUAUACAUUUUCUGAAAAACCUAUUGUGCAAUAGUUAGUGUCUUGUAUCCAAUCGAGGAAUCAUGGAAAUCGAAAAAUAUCUAUUUUUGCUAAACUGCUGCUUAGUAAAGGAAUCUGUUGUCCAAUUGAGCAAUUGGUCCAAUUUGAUUACCUUUUUUUGCUGCCUUUUAUUCAAAUUAUAUAAAAAUUGCAGUUUGCACUGACAUCAUUUCAUUUCCCAGGGGCUCCACUCUCCUAAACACCAUUUGAUUAAACCAAAAAACAUACAAACCUGGGGCUAUAACGAGCCUAGAGAGGUGAAUACUAUAUUAUUGUUUUGGCCAAACUGUCCCUUCAAACUCAUUUUUGCUGCUCCAUUUGCUAAUAAUCUUUUCUAUUAUAUCAAGAACCAUUUAGGCUUGAGGGGAAAUACUUGAACUUUUUUAUUGCAACUCUGAAUGUAAUGUUUCUAAAUGACAAUUUUUAGGUAUACUUUUCAUUGUGUCUUUCUUCACUUGUCAAACUUAUUUCACGCCGUUGUUUUUCUGAUGAAGGUUUUGUUAUUUUUUUAAACGAGAGACGCUGCUGUAUUGUGACAUUGCCUAAUUUAUUUUUCAGUGUUGUCUACAAAACAAAUUGUUAUUUGUUACACAGCUGUCUCUUUUUUAGAGGUUGUCAUAUUAAGUUGAAAAGGUUUAUGUUUUUCAAAUGAUUCACAGAUCUCAUUGACAGUUUCAGAAUGAAGUUUAAACACCAUGAUAAUACUGUCAGUCAUAAAAGAAGUUUGUGACUGACAGUAUUAUUAAGUUGUAAAUCUUAUCAUAAAAUCAUCAAAAUGUACAGCCGCAUUUGUUGUCUUGCUAUCUUUGAAAUGUUUAAAUAAUACAUGUUUUUGUAAUAAAAAUAUAUAUUGUAUACAUAGUAAAUAAAGUUGAAGUUCGGGGAAUCUUA